AUUUGCAGUAAGCUGUCAACUUCACCCAGCAGGUAGCGAAUGGCUGAUGCGUGCGCAAUAAUGGUGGUUGGUGAGGACUUGGGUGGAAUUCAGGUGAAUGUGAGCUAGACGAUUGAAUUCUAGUUAUUGUGUGACUUUAUUUUAUACGCAGUGACACUGUGCCAUACAAUCAAAAUAAUUAAGUGUGAUAACUCGUCGUAAAUCGGCGGUAGGGAGUGAACGAAUCGUGUUCGGAACAUUCGGUAAUUUACUGUAUUUUUUUUGCUCAGUGCAAUGUGCUCAAUGGUGGGCUUGUAGUUGUAAAUAAAGGAGAGUGACCGCCCGUUUCAACAUAUCCCGGCUAUUGUGGAUGCAUUGGUGUACGAAAAUUUGCAAGCACACAGCGCCGCUUAGCCGCCACUAAAAUCGGCGGCGCGGCGCAAGGAUAACGUACAGCGGUGACGCGCACACUGGAGCCUCACACUGGUCCACCAGUGGCGGUGCGGUGGCGGCAGCAUGGACGACGCCGGCAGCAACAAGCAGCGGCAGGCCACCAGGGUCUUCAAGAAGAGCUCGCCCAAUGGGAAGAUCACAGUAUACUUAGGGAAGAGAGAUUUCGUGGACCACAUCACACAUGUAGACCCGAUUGACGGGGUGGUGCUAAUCGACCCGGAAUACGUGAAAGACCGGAAGGUCUUCGGGCACGUGUUGGCCGCGUUCCGGUAUGGACGGGAGGACCUCGACGUGCUGGGACUGACCUUUAGGAAGGACCUCUAUCUCGCUGCUGAACAGAUAUACCCACCAACGAGCACACCCAAACGGCCUCUGACUCGGCUACAGGAGCGCCUGGUCCGCAAGUUGGGUCCCGCCGCGCACCCCUUCUACUUCGAACUGCCCCCGCACUGUCCCGCGUCGGUGACACUGCAACCUGCCCCGGGUGACACGGGCAAACCUUGCGGGGUAGACUACGAGCUGAAGGCUUUCGUUGCAGAUUCCCAGGAUGACAAGCCGCAUAAACGGAACUCAGUCCGGUUAGCGAUCCGCAAGAUAAUGUACGCGCCGAGCAAACAGGGCGAGCAGCCGUCGGUGGAGGUGUCCAAGGAGUUCAUGAUGAGCCCCAACAAGCUGUAUCUAGAAGCUUCGCUCGACAAGGAGCUCUACCACCACGGCGAGAACAUAGCGGUGAACGUGCACAUAGCGAACAACUCGAACCGCUCCGUCAAGCGCAUCAAGGUGUCAGUGCGCCAGUUCGCCGACAUCUGUCUCUUUUCAACCGCCCAAUACAAGUGCACCGUCGCCGAGGCCGAGAGCGAGGAGCCCAAAAUUAAGGCGAAGGGGGCGUUUAGUUUCCCAUUCUGGAGGAUGUUCAGUAAGAAAUUACAAGUACAGUCUCUAGAGGGCUGCCCAGUGGGUCCAGGGUUUACUCUGAGCAAGGUGUUCACGUUGACGCCGCUGCUAGCCAACAACAAGGACAAGUGGGGGCUCGCGCUCGACGGGCAGCUCAAGCACGAGGACACCAACCUUGCCUCCAGCACGCUAAUCGCAGAUCCGUCGCAGCGUGAGAACUUAGGUAUCAUAGUGCAAUACAAAGUCAAGGUGAAGCUAUGUCUCGGACCACUAGGCGGUGACCUGAGCGCGGAGCUGCCGUUCAUCCUGAUGCACCCGAAACCCGAGGAGGAGCCCGCGAGGCCGGCGCGCGAGCCCGAGCCCCGCGACAACGACCACGACCUCAUACAGCUCGACCCGCAGCCCGAUGAGAACGGCCAAGAGCAGGACGACGAUAUAAUCUUCGAGGACUUCGCGCGGCUCCGGCUGAAGGGCGCGGAGGCGGACGCCUGAACGCGCGCCCACACGCACUCCCUGCGCGAGACUCAGCUCACGAGGGGGCAGUAGACGCCCGCCACUUGCCCUACUGCUUGAACUAUCAAUACACAUACAUAUUUGUACACGCACUGUUUGAGGCUCGUGACUAGUCGCCGUGAUCAUGGCACUUGCAACAGUGUUGAAAUAUCGAAAGUCUCAUAACACUGACUUUAACGCGGUAAGAACCCGGUAUUCAGUGUUUUAAUUGAUGUAAACGCACGCCACAGCAACAAAAGAUAAAAUCUUGUCUAAGUCGACUCGGUUUCUAUAACGUAACGAAGAAAGUACAUCAAGAUGAAUUAAGUACCUACAUCUCACCGAGCUUUCUGUUAGCCCGACGUGAUAGGUGGUGCCGUAUCGCCGCCUAUAAUGGUCGAGCCAACUGUGUUAGUGAAAACUGCAACUGAGGUAAAUUAAUAACUCAUUGGCGUAAGUCUGGUACCGGGGUUCGAGUCGGCGUUCCCUCGGUUUUUAUCUAGAUAUGAUAGAGAAAUGUGUACCAAUAAAGAUAACAACUUGAAAGACGCAAUGUAGUGACUGUCAAUGCUAUGAAUGCUACAAAGUAGUGCCAAGUUGCUAAAAAAAAACAUAAUAUUUUCAAGAGUAAUUGAAGAUAAGGUAGAUUCAAUAAGCAGAUUCCAAUUUUGAAAUUUACUCAACUUGUAAGUUGAGAGUCAAGUUAGUUGGGCAAGUAGCUGGCCUCGUGUAAAUGAGCACAGACCGUUGCGUGAGGGGCCGUCCGAACAUUGUACAGUGUAAAAUGUGUUGAAAAGGAUUUGACUAUACGCUAUCGAUAUCGCGCUGUGCUGCGUAUACUUAGCCAUUUAUUUAAGCUUGUAUAAAUAUUAUGGUUAUUAUUUCUUGUAAAUGUAAAUGCAUUAUGAACUUAAGGACGUGCGCAGUUUGUACGCGUUUCUGUACGAAUUUCAAAUUUGUAUCGUGUUCGUAGAACUCAGUUUUUAUCGUGAUAUACAGAAAUCCUAUUCUCUGAUUGGCUAAUAUUUCAAGAAAUUGACAAGGAUUUGCUUUCAACCAAUCAAAAUCUGAAGCAUCAAAAACUAUACGUAACGUCAACUAUAAAUUGGGUCGUGUACUAGGUUCAAGAUAAAUUAUAAAAUUCUGAUUAUUAAAUAAAGACAGACCUAAAACUAACGAAAAACAUUUUCUUUUUCAUGUUUAAGUUAGAGAAACUUAAUAAAAUGUCCUACAUUUUAUCACGUCUUUCUAAGACGUCACAGUGUGAUUUUUCAUGCAAAUUCCAUAGUAAUUUCGUGUUUUGACGUUUAGUAAAAAGUAAAUGAUUUGUAGACUAGUACUACCAACAGUCAAUACAAUCAAUAGACUAGUUGGAAACUGGCCUAUUGAUAACCAAAUGUGAGAACAAUCGAAAUUCGUUGAAAAGUUAAAUAGUACAGCCAUCCGAGAUUAAGGAGUGAGAGAUUAAGAAAUGACAAGCUAGUAAUCAAGCACUCCUACAGUACUUCGGAUUGUUCAGAACAAUCACAGAAGAACAAUUUGUUCCAGCGUCUUCGGACGCACGAGACGGAUCCGAGGGAGGAUUCCCCCCCCUCCCCUCCCAAUGGGGUUCAUGACCUCCUCCCCCUGGGCGACAGGUUGGGUCAUGAGUCAAUUUUAAUUCUCAUUUAUAAAAGCUGGCUCCGCUCUUGGACGGAACGUCCAAAAACAUCUCGUACGAAAACGUGUCCAAAGUGCGAUCGGUCGAAGUCCUGAAAAAAGAUGAAACUCAGGAAUGCCACGAGGUUGAAUAUCUGUCUCAUAACUUACUGAUAAGUGCCUGACAACGUGUCCAUAACUUAUUUGACAGAUAGUAUAGUAGCACUACACUCUGUAAAGUGUAACAUUAUUGUAAUGAUGUAUCUUUCGUCUCUCGCGUCCUAAGCUGUAUACCAUUGGUGCAAAAGAGACAUAAUUAUUACUCGUCUCUUUAUAUCUCUAUCUUGCUGUAAUUCUAAUCAUGAUACGUUGUACAGGCUAUACUAUCAGUCACUUAUCUGAUAUAUAGGUUAUCAGACAGUUUAUCAGCAAGUUGUAAAUUAGGCCCUAACGCUUGCAAGGUGAAAAUUCUUCUAUAUUAGUCUAUCUUAUGCUAACGUACGAUUGUUAAGAGUUAUAAUGGUUUCUCCCUCGCACUCACGGGAAUCUUAUGAUGAACUAUUAUAGUAUCUUCAUCGUCUUUUAUAGGCUUAAUUAUUUAUCAAACUCAUUUAUGUUAGCAUUUGGAAAGUGUUACGUCAAUUAAUUUAUGCACAAAUUAUCUAUUAAGUCUUAGCUUUUAUCUAUUUUGACUAUCUAUUUCUUGCUAUUUAAUUUUUAGUGUCCUUUUAUAAUUAACCUAACCAGCCCCCGUAGCAUGCUGCACGCAUAUCGCGCUCAUUUCGAUAUACGAAGCAACGCUAUUGGUUAGACGAUUAAUAAAGCAAUUCUAUUGGUACAAAUACCGCGCAACCACUGAAUUAGACUUUCUGAGUUUGAAUUUGUGUUUGAAUCGUAGAUAAUUGAUAUCACGAGUUUUUGGGAUUUGUGUCCGAUUAAUGGCAAUUGGGUCCGCCCACAUGGGACUUAAAUGACCAGCUAUGCGAGGGGUAGGUGUAUAUACUAUAUAACUAUACACCUCUGCCUACCCCUUCGGGGAUACAGGCGUGAUGCUUUAUGUGCUAUGGCAAAUAUCGCGUCCCACGCGUGAUACAGGCUUCGCCUAGUGUGGAAACCUCUGUUAAUUUGGAUAUAUUUUUAAUACAAGUACCCAUCCUACUUUAUGUGACUCAUUGUAUUGUUUUCUGGUAAUAAAAACAUUUUCAUUUCAUUCAUACGGUUGCCAUAUUACGGCUUGUGACCUUAAAUGCCUUUUUUCUACUCUAGAAUUUGCUUCAUACUGUAAAUAGAGAAAUAGUUUGAACCUAUAGUUUAAAACCAGUGACAUAUUUGGGUUGCAUCGUAUACAGGGUCUCAAUGAACAAAAGCACCGUAUAUCAAAUAUAAGUUAUAAUGCAAUAUAAUUCAUAAGCCUAAGUAAUUAAGGCACGUUAUCCGCUAAGUGAAUACGCAGCACAGAUGUAAUGAUAAUUUUAUAUUAUAUUCGAUGUAUAUUGUAUGUGAAAAUUAAUUUUAAUAGUUGUCUAAUGAUCAAAUAUUCGAGUACAAGUUUAUUUUAGCGUAUUAUUAUUCAUCAGGAAUCAUUGGCCAUCGACCUUUAGUGUAACUCGACGACUUUAAAUCGAGCUUGAAGACAGUAGCAAUAUUAUAACUUAUCUACUUUUAUAUUUAUAUCCACAACAUAACAUUGCCGUGAAAGGUAAUAUUCGAUCGAUAAUAUUGUAAUAAAAAAUUGCCUACUUGACAGUUUUCAGAUAAGUAUUACUUUUUUAAAAUUACAUACGCGCAUUUUAUACCUCAUAAAAUAUUUUAUUUUCUCGAAAAAGUUUUAUAUAAUAGAAGAAAAAAUAUAUUUUUCAUCAUUAAUUUCAAAUUUCGCGCGAAAACGGUUGAUCGCGUGACAUUUUUCCUAAAGACGUCACAUUUCAAUAAACAAAGAAACUGUCAAACUACAUGUCACUUCAAGUGACUUGAAACCUGCCAGCGGGCUUAGCACCGUAAGCACGCGACUCUUUCUCGCCGCGACAGAGAUCAUCUGUCUUUUUCUGUGCAGUACUGUGAGAGAGUGACGUGUGACGUAUGUCGAGGCGGGAAAGAGUCGCGCGCUUACGGUGCUGAACCCGCUGAUAGCUUUUGCUUAUUUUGUGAUAUGUGACGUUACACGAAGCUCAAUCACAGAUAAAAAAUCGCGUUCAAAAUGAUCUUAAUAAAAAAAAACUAUUAUCGAUAUAGAUAAACUACCAUAUCCGCCAUAUUUCAUAUUUUAUUGUUACAACUGCCAAGUAGUCAAUUCCAUUGAAAGCUCGCUUUAUAGUUGCCAAGUCAUAAGAAUAGUACAAUACGAGUAUGUAUGGUAUCAUGCAUUUAAUAGAUUAAAACGUUUUAUACCCUUAAUGUAAUUGUUUCCAGCGGUAGUGACGUCAUGUUGAUGUUGGAAGUAUACUAAUAGGGCUACGGUCAUUUGAUAAACGAUGUUUUAUUGAACUUGUUGGAUAUUUAUAAUUUGUAUAAUGGUAGGAUUAGCCUAGUAUACGGAUAGGGGUUUGUGGGUAAAGAGUCGAUUAUUACAAAAGAAACACGGGAAUCUAAUGACGUUUCAAUAAGGGUUGAACAAAAUCUUCUAUCCUUUUCUGGCACUCGGUACCGUCACUCGGUAGUGCGAGAUAAAAAGUGGGAGUGGGAGAGAGCCUCGUGGAUUCCGCCGUGUGCGGUCGCAUUAUCUCACCCUAGCAAGUGACGUUUUUGAGGGACAGAAAAGGAUAACGCGGUUUCGUGCUGUCAGAUGAAUUUCAAACCUAAUGAUGGCGAGUGCCGCGCAUACAUUUUAAUAUUUUUUAUUAUUUAUAGGGUUUAAAUCGCGAUAGUUUAAAUCUAUAAAAUAUUUUAAAAAUAGCGUGGAAAUCUGCAGUAGCUAAGAGAGUUCACAAUUAGAUUUUUUGUACAGGAAUAGAGCUGUUAUAAGAGUAAGAUAUAUUAACCGAAUGAGUCUUGUUACUUGAAUAAUUAUUUUUGCUUGAAAAAUUACAGACUGAAGCAGAUUUUAUGAAGAGUCAAGCAUGUUUCCGCGAGGUUCGGAUUUUCUCGUGAUGACGUCACAAACAUGUAUUUGCUCGUAAAUCGUCGUUUGUCAAGUGACCGGGUCGAGUAGUCGGUGUUAGUCGCGAGGGUAGGCCUGCGGCUUGGGCCCGAGAGCCCUUCUGUGGCCUUCGAAACAGAAUUUAAAUGACUUGCUUGUCACACCACUCAGUACAACUAAAAUAGAAAAGUUAGGUUAUUUUUCCAUCGGAGCGAGGAAGAGAAGGAAUACCUCUCGUGCUCGUGCGUACCCUUCUUGUACAGAAAUAGCCAAGAUAAAACAUGCUAGGGUACAUGCCACGAAAGAAGUCCCGCGGAUUUCAAUGGAACUAAAUGACAAGUCAUAUUAAUUCUAUGCGGAUACUGCGACGCUAGCGCCGCGGCCGCGGGACUUCGUUCGUGGCGCGGACUCUCCGUACAAGAGUAGCGUAUGAGAAUAAAUAUUCAAAAAUAGAAUGCCGUUAUUUUUAAAUUAAAACUGGAAAACAGUUGACAAUCUGAGUGGUGGGAACGGUAAAGCCAACCUUUAGAUGAAUUAUUAUUGUCAUGAUUAGAAAGUUAUUUGUUGAAUGUACUUUCAAACGUGAAUGCUUCAGGAUAACAUAUCUCCGAACUUUCUUAUACAACGCAUGUGUUACCAGGCUGAUCAGAAAGAUUCUUCUUCCUUUUAACUUUCUGAUAAAUUAAUAGAAAAUUUUAUGAAGAAAAUUGCAGAAUUUGUAAUGUUUUUUUCUUUUCGAACGCUUGGUCGCUGACUUAAAACAUCGCACAUUUUUUCAUAAAUAUCUACAUCUUAAGACCAAUCAGCGGACCACUGGAUCCAGACGAUGUACGACAGAACUACGUCGAUGCAAAUUUUGAUUAUCCCGUGAUCUUUCGGGUUGUACCUUGUCUUUGUAAAGUACAAAUUAAAUGUUAAAUUAUCACGUGGUCCAUACACUGAGUCCGUCUCUGUACUAAGUCUUUUAGGUCUCGUGUUAAACAGGCAAAAGACGCGAGGCCCGAGAGACCAGGGGGCUUAAAAAGAACAAACUAAUUCAAUUCACCUAUAAAAGCAAUAUUGCUAUUUCACAUAAUUACGUUGACAUUGCGCAAAUGUCAAAAAGCAAUAUUGCUUUUUAGAUUAAUUGUUUGAUGUGGCCUUUUUAACCCCCUUAUUGCUGAAUCUUAUGAUAUCUGUUCUGUAAAAUUUUACUACGAAACUCUGGUCACAUCAGAAAUGUUCCAAAAAUGUCGUUAUCUCAUUCUAACUUGGGUCUUCUUCAUAAGAGCGAGUGAGAUAGUGAUAUGUUUAGAAUGUCUCGACGUGAACACCGUAUUGUACAUUUGUUUCGCUGUACAGUUAUUAUCGUGUAAGUUACGCAUGUUUAUUGUAUACUACGCUUUGUAAUGCACAAAUGUUUCUACCCAAUGAAACCUCGGUUUUAAAGUGAAUUUACAUUUUAAAACUUUUUUAUAUGCGUGCGAUGAGUUUUGGGACUUUUUAUUAGCACAUUGGUGUCGAUUCGAGCAACCACCAACUUAAUAACUUAAUUUGACAGGACUAAAACUAGCUCCAUCUCUUUCCUGCACGUAUUGUUAGUGAAGGGGACAGCACUAAUCUAAGAGCUGUCCAACUAAAAUUAGGUUGUGUGUACGGCCGAAUAUGCACCAUUGCCGAUUAAAAAUGAAAUUUAUUAUCUAAAAUAAUUAAAUAUAUAAAUAAACAAUAAUAAUAAAAUUUAUAAUUAUUUAAAAAGCCAGUAACAUUUCAAAACUACCAACAUGUUUUGACAAAUGAACUUAAAAUCGAGGUUUCAACUUAAUGAUAAAAUUUUACAAAUGAGGCAACUUAAAUGGUUUCUUCUAUCAAUGCAUUAUUUCGUAGUUAAAUGUUUAUGUUGCUGUAAAGUUGUAUUAUUUAUGUAUUUCGAUAAGUAUUAAACGGAAAAGAACAUAUAAUGGUCACAGUGGGUACAGUUUAUGUUUUAUGCAGAUUAUUUACAUAUUUUUUUUCGUAACUUUAUGAACUUUUAGUAGUUUAUAAAAUACCUGCUGCAAAAAUACCUGCUAUAAAAUAUCGACUGUAGUCCACUGCUUAGGAAGAAAGUGUGAAAAGGAACAUUUACAGCCAAUAGGUAUUCGCCAAGGCCUAUAUUCGAAGUACAACUUCAGCGGCCAUUUUGUAUAAAUAAGUACCAUGAGGCUAUCUUCAAUUCGCAUGUUGCACAAUACUCAAUAUUUUAUUUGCACAAAGUUGUAAUAUUGCUAAAAGACUAGAACCCAAAGCUGUCAACAGUGUUGCCAACAGAAACCGUUAUUGGCUGUAAAAAAAUGUGCAGUAAAUAGUUAUAUUUUUUAAUAGAUUAUCCAUUGUAAAGCGACUCGUGCAUAUUUUGUUACUUAACACCGGCUUGGGGAAUUGAAACGUGGAUGAGGUUCAGUUUUAAAUAGAAAAUCUUUUCGAGAUGAUAUAACCAAUAAACGACAUGCUUGUUGUUUAACUUAUAAUUAUGCUGAAAUACUCUGAAUGAAGAAUUGUCUGUUAAUUUGUCAAGCCAAGGUACAUAUAUUUACAAUAGGUAUCAAACAUGUGCACGAUCGCUAAAAAGACAUCCACAGCAAAAAACGCACUAUAUUAUUUUUUAAUUUUACAUCGAAAACUUUUUGAUGUAUACUUUUUCAAUAAAUUAUGUAACCACAA